CCAUGGCCGUCCCCUGCAAGUUCCACACUGACCCACGCACUAAUUCACCCUCUCUCUCUCUCUAUCUGUCCCUUUCUCUUUAUUAUUUUCUCUUUCAUUUUUAAAUUUUUUCAUGCAUGGUUGGGAACAGAUUCUUGGAUAAAAGUUCUCUCUCUCUCUCUGUCGCUUCGUUUCUUUUGCAAAUACAGCUUGUAUUUGCUCGCUGUCUGCAAGCAGUAGAUCGAACUCGUUUUUGAGUCGGUGCGAACAUAAAAAAGGCUUCUCUACCUUCAUCUGUGAUUGCGGAACUACCACAUGGUUUCAUUGAGGAACUUGAUGGAAGAGAAACAACUGGAUUUUGAUCAACCUCUUCUUUCUGUGAGGCGUUUUACAUCUACAGGAACAUCACCAGAAACUCAUGAAAAAACCAGACCUGAACCCAAAAUUCCUCCUCUUCCUUUAUAUAAAUCAGAAUUGAAAUCUGGUCCAGUGAGGAACCCUGGAACUGUUCCUUUUGUGUGGGAGCAAACUCCAGGUAAACCCAAGGAUGAAGGCACUACAACAACUCAGAGUUCGAAACGGCCUCCGCUUGUUCCGAAACUCCCACCCGGAAGAACCCGUAAAGUAAACCAAGAAGUUCCUACUCCUAUAGAUGAUUCAUUAGAUAAAAAUGACAGAGAAACAGUUGAAGGGAUGGCCAGUUGUAAGUCAAGAAACGAUGACGACGACGACGGCGAGGAGGUUUACAGGGAUGCAAAUGAUCGAUUUUAUCGAUCGGAAUCCUUCUUCUUGAAUUGUAGUUUUAGCGGAGUAAGUGGAUUGGAUGGUUCAGAAAUUCAACCUCCAGCAGCCUCCUCCAUGGAUCCACAUGCUCGGAAUUUCAUGAUGGAUCGAUUUCUGCCUGCAGCAAAGGCAAUGGCAUCAGAAGCACUUCCACAUACCAACAGAAAACUAACCGUUCCCAUCAAGCAGUCAAGUGAAAUAAAGACGAUAACGAAUGGGAAUAGGCAGAGUAGGCCGAAUGUGCACGUGCAGACAAAACAUGUCAAAGAAAUAUUCAUGGAAGAAAGUGAAGAUGAAGAUGAUGAUUAUGACGAGUCGGGAUAUACUUCCGCUCGGGGAUGUGGUUUUCUUCCUCGGUUUUGCUUAAAGGGCUCGUUCUUCCCUUUGAAUCCAGUACCGGGAAUGAGAAUGCAAGCCACUUCGGUUCGUAGAAUUCGUAAUAGCUCAAUCAAGAGUUCCAAGGAUGCUGUAAAUGAGAAACGAUCGAGUCGUGGUCAAGGAAUAACUCGAACUCGGCUGCAGCCAGAAGAAAAAUCCAGCAAAAGUAAUAUGCAGGAGGGGAAGAUAUUUUCUUUAUACAGUCAUUUGCAGGGCGAGGGCGAGGGCGAGGGCGAGGGCGAAUCCAACUACGCAGAUGAACCGUCCCCAGCUGUUCAUACAAAUGUAAGUCCUCGUGGUUUCACUGAAAAAGCUAUCAAUUCUGUGACGGAUGGAUAUGACGAACCACACAGAAGAAGCCUAAACAGCUUCCAAGCAUUACUGAGCGACGAAUCGGGUUCGUCUAGUCCAGUCGAGAAAACUCUCUACAUAGACUCUGUACAUAAGAUGAAAUCUCCAGAUUCAAGUUCAAAUUCUUUGGACAUGAAAGGGACAAGUGCAAAGCUUACAAGCUCAGAAUUGGCUAACAACAAGAAGUUUGAUCUGGACAACCAAUAUCCCUUCAAACCCAGUAAACAAAGUGAUUCCAAUAGUCGAGAACAUGGCAACAAGCACGAGUUCGAUAGCAAAAAGCUUAUAGGGACCGACAUUCAUGAAAGUUUCGAUGGCCCUGCUCGGGACUCCCCUGAUUUGAGAACUUCAGAAGAUGCUACUAAUGGAAAGAAGGAUUCGAAAAAUCGACAUGAUUCUCAUGGCGGUUACUCACAAUCACGGUUGUCUUUCGCUCCACCUCCACCAAAAUCUCCAUCAGACUCUUGGCUAAAACGUACUUUGCCAACUUCGAAAAACGCUUCGUUUUUGCAAUCUUCUCUUGCAAUGCGUCUAAACCCCGUUUCGACAACCGUAUCUCCCGAUCCCAUCGAGGAGUCUACCGUUAAAAGCUCCGAUUCCAACCGUCUGCAUCUGCAGUUCUCAAAGGAACUGCUAUCAUCUAUACCUGAAGUUUAGAACAAUGGAAGAAUUCCUUUCCAAAUUUCACUUGGCUGUGAGUAUGCUUUUACUUUUCACUGGGUUUGGUGGAUUUCAAUGUUCUUUUUUAUCUUCAUGCUUGAGAUCAGUGUAAAAAAAUAACAGUAAAAAUGGGCAUUUUCACUGUUGGGUUAAGUUGUUUUGUUGUCUUGCAUGCUGUAAAUGUUACUCAUUACUGUAAAGAAACAAUGAUGAUCCAUAAUUUACAUGGAGAAUAAGGGAAGUAUAGUACGAAUUGAUUUAUGAA